AUGGAAUGCACAGGACAAAAUUCCCCUCUGGGGAACCACACUGCACUGGUGGAAUUCAUCCUGAUUGGGUUUUCUGAUCUUCCGAACCUUCAAGGAUUUCUUAUUGGUGUAUUUCUGAUAAUUUAUAUCAUUAUUCUUAUGGGAAAUAGCCUCAUUAUCAUGAUAACUAAGAUUGACCCCACUCUCCAGACCCCCAUGUAUUUUUUCCUUGGGAAUUUUUCCUUUUUGGAAAUAUGUUAUGUGUCAGUUACUGUCCCCAGAGUGUUAGCAGAUCUCUGUAGACAAUAUGGAAAUAUUUCACUGCUAGCCUGUGCUAUUCAAAUGUAUUUCUUUCUGAUCUUGGCAGAUACUGAGUGCUUUAUCCUCACUGCCAUGGCUUAUGACAGGUAUGUUGCCAUUUGCAACCCAUUACUCUACCCUGUCAUCAUGAACAAUAAGCUAUGUGUUCAACUGGCAGUUGCCUGUUGGACCACUGCAAUUCCAAUACAUACAAUGUUCAUCUCUGUGCUAUUCUCCUCAACCUUUUGUGGAUGUAACCAGUUGAAUCACUUUUUCUGUGAUGUUCCUCCAGUUGUCCAGCUUGUUUGUGGGGACACUUUCAUGAUUGAGAUGCUGAUUUAUGUGAUUGCUACUAUUGUUAUCACUCUGCCUUUUGUGUUGAUACUUGUAUCUUAUGGGAAAAUAAUCUCCACCAUCAUGAAGCUGCCAUCAGCAACAGGGAGAGCCAAAGCCUUCUCGACUUGUUCUUCCCAUCUCAUGGUUGUGACUUUGUUCUUUGGAUCAGGCAUCAUUGUGUAUUUCAGACCUAAAUCCACUCACUCAUCAGGAAUGGACAAAUUCUUUUCUCUUUUUUAUACUAUAUUGACACCUGUUUUUAACCCCAUUAUCUAUUGUCUGAGAAAUAAAGAUGUUAAUGUGGCAUUGGCAAAAUUCCUACAGAAAUGGAUUGUGCUGUGA